CGAGCCACCAUCCCUGGCAAGGCGCCUGCGCCGUUCCUCUUCGCUCCAACUCUGCCCAGCUUUGUCUUGCUAAGACUCGUGAAAACUACAGCUCCCAGAGUGCAUUACGCCGAGAUACAGACUCCGCAGAUCAGGUGACUCGGGUCAGGUGACCUCCGGCCCGCUCGCGAAACAAAGUCAAGUUGGCCUGGGGGACUGUCCUCAUUCCAAGGCGGCACCUGGCCUGGGAUUCCUGCAUUUGGUGUGGUCAGUCCCCCGAGCCUAGGAGGCUCUCAGGGCACACAUUCCUUGCCACUGUCUGUAUUCCCUCUCCAAGAGGAGGAGACCCAGGCUAUACAACAAACAACAGGGCAGAUUCAGAUACCUUGCAAGAGAGAAGCUGCUGCAGGACACCCUUGGCCCAGGUUGCUCCAAAGAAGGAAUAAGUGGUGUCUCAGCCUCUGGGGCUGGGGGACUUAGGCUGAGCAAGAGUUUCUCAGUCCAAAUUCCACUCCUGCAGAUUGAGAGAGGAGCUGGUUUGACCUGACUCUCCGUCUGUCCAGAGGAAGACAGCUGCUGUCCUGGGGAACAAACUGAAUCCUUAACUUGAGGGCACAGAGCUGAGUUCUCUGGAAUCAAGGAACAUGAUGAAGAGUUGGCUGCUUAUUUUUAUCCUUUUCCCCCUGAAGCUUGUAGAAAAAUGUGAGUCAACCGUCGACCUCAUUGUUCCUCCCGUUGUGAGGCUGGAAAAUGGUAGCUCAACCAGUGUCAGCAUCGCCCUUCGGCAUCCGUUAAAUGCAACUUUGGUGGUCACUUUCGAAAUCACGUUUCGUUCCAAAAACAUCACUAUCCUUGAGCUCCCUGAUGAAGUUGUAAUGCCUCCUGGAGCAACAAAUUCCUCUUUCCAAGUGAUGUCUCGAAAUGUUGGACAAGUUACCGUUUAUCUGCACAGAAAUGAUUCCAACCAGACCGGCCCGCGGAUACGCUUCUUGGUGAUCCACAGCAACGUCGUUAGCAUCAUGAACCAGGUGAUUGGCUGGAUCUACUUUGUGGCCUGGUCCAUCUCCUUCUACCCUCAAGUGUACGAGAACUGGAGGCGGAAAAGUGUCAUUGGUCUGAGCUUCGACUUUGUGGCCAUGAACCUGAUGGGCUUUGCAGCCUACAGCGUGUUCAACAUCGGUCUCCUCUGGGUGCCCUCUAUCAAGGAGCAGUUUUUCCACAAAUACCCCAACGGAGUGAACCCUGUGGACAGUAAUGACGUCUUCUUUAGCCUGCAUGCCGUCGUCCUCACCCUGAUCGUCAUCCUACAGUGCUUUCUGUACGAGCGAGGCGCCCAGCGUGUGUCGUGGCCUGCCCUCGGCUUCCUGCUGCUCUCCUGCCUCUUCGCACUCGUUACCAUGGUGGUGGCCGCCGUCGGGGCGAUCACUUGGCUGCAGUUUCUCUUCUGUUUCUCCUACAUCAAGCUUGCAGUCACGUUGCUCAAGUACUUUCCACAGGCCUACAUGAACUUUUACUACAAAAGCACCGAGGGCUGGAGCAUUGGCAACGUGCUCCUGGACUUCAUCGGGGGCAGCUUCAGCCUCCUCCAGAUGUUCCUCCAGUCCUACAACAAUGACCAGUGGACACUGAUCUUUGGGGACCCAACCAAGUUUGGACUUGGAGUCUUCUCCAUCUUCUUCGACAUUGUCUUCUUCGUCCAGCACUUCUGCUUGUACAGGAAGAAACCAGGGCUUCAGGCAGCACACACAGGUUUCAACAGCCGUCCCAGGCAGGAUUGGGCACUGAGCUUGGAGCGGAAGGCCUUGCCCCAAACAACCAGUGUUUCUGGGAGCAGCCUAAAUGGCUGACCUCGCAGCCAGGAGAGCCAAGGGCGCUUUGCUGCCACUGCUGUGUUCCCCGAGAGCAAGUAGCCAGGUGCUGUGGCCGGUGGACCCUGAGGUGCUGGUGCUGGUGGCAGAGGGGCUAGGACUUUGGGGUUAGGCCUGGGGUCCUUCCUCUGAAGGCCACAUUCUCUGAGCACUCACAUUCCUGACACGGACUCUGUCUACGUAACUCGGCUUCCAUGACUGCAGCAGCAGGUGGCCCGGGCCAGGGCCUGGUAAAGACAGUAUUUCUCAGCCCCGAGGUGCCCACCACAUUGGUUCUGGACUGGACUCAUGCCCAGAGCCCUCUGGGUCUUUAUCACAUGGGGUCAGAUCAUCAUACUAACCCUUUCAGAGUUUUUGGAGGGAUGUUUUGGAAGUGCGUGGCUUACUUUUCUCCUGCCCUCUCUGCCUACCUCCACUUCCCCAGAGUCAGGACCAGGACCGCUGGAGCCCCUCCUGCACCUUACCCUGCGUCUGGAAUGCAGGACACGCACACGCGCGCGCGCGCACACACA